AUGAUCAAAUGCACGUUUCGUCCGUUUCCGCGGCUCCCAACAGAGAUUCGCCUUCGCAUUUGGGAAAUGACGGUUGAACCUCGUACUGUCGAGCUUUACUGCAAUCACAUGAGUGUCUACCCUCAGGUCUUUGAAAAAAUCUCACCAUCUUCCGCACCAGCACCGCUUCAUGCAUGUCGAGAAAGCCGGGGCCAUCUUUCUGGAUCAUAUCAGCAAAUCUUUCUCGAGGAUGCAGUCCACCGUGGCGUAUUGAAUACCGACGCGCAGCAGUAUCUUUGGCUAAAUUGGGACGUUGACAUGAUCUCUAUCGGGACGUCUCUACUGUCUUGCUUUGGGUCAAUUGCGCCGCUGAUAAGGAAGCUCAAAAUUGAGCGCGACAAUACAGAAGAGUACUGGUGCCGCUUCGAAUCUCAGGAACUCCUGAACUUCAAGCAUGUGGAGACGAUCCAUGUAGUAUGCCUGGGCGGCGACCAUGAGGAUUGGCAUGCGGCUUCAGUGGAGUAUCCCUGGCUUUGCGGUCCCGAGAACGUCUUUAUAGUGGAUCAAAACGGGAUCAUGCGACUUACGGACGUGGAAGACAAGUGCGACCGAAAGUUUGAGGCAGCCGCUCGAGUGGAAGAUCCAAGUUCUCAAGUGACAUUUCGCAAUGGUGAUCCUAUUUACCCAGAUAAUUGA